AUGAAGCUGGUCUUUCUUUCAUUCGGUGCGCUGGCAUCAGCCGCCUCCCUCGCCACAACCACUCGUUACUAUGAUGGACAAGAAGGAGCUUGUGGAUGCGGUACCAGCUCUGGCGCAGACGCAUGGCAGCUUGGAAUUAGUGACAACGUCUAUACUGCUGCCGGAUCUCAAGCCCUUUUCGACACGAGCGGCUCCUCCUGGUGCGGUGCCGGAUGUGGUACAUGCUACAACCUAACUUCAACGGGCUCUUCAGCAUGCGAUGGGUGUGGAACUGGAGGAGUUGCUGGCGACAGCAUUAUUGUGAUGGUCACCAAUUUAUGCCCAUACAAUGGGAACCAGCAAUGGUGUCCGCAGCCGGGGUCCACCAACGAGUAUGGCUACGGUUACCACUUUGAUAUUAAUGCUGAGAGCGAAGUGUUUGGCGACAACGUCGUUGUCCAGUUUGAGCAGGUUACAUGCCCGGGGCAGGCUACUACUGAUUGGGAGACUUGCCUGUGCUACGAUCAAACCUCCACGGAUACCACAUCUGCAAGCUUGGCCUCGGCUACUUCUGCCUCUCCUCAGGGAGAAUCGGAGUCUUCUACUACAAGUACAGAACCGACAGUUACAGCUCCCAAUUCUGCGGCUGAGACCACUGUUGUCGUCACCAGUGCAACACCGACUUCAACGCCUUCCUCUUGCACUGGUGACGCAACCCCAAGCGAUACUUCGGCGUCUACGGGCUCUACGCAGACAUUGUAUGGACAGUGCGGUGGCGCAAACUGGACCGGCGCGACCGCCUGUGAAUCAGGAUCGACAUGCAAAGUACAGAACCCUUACUAUUCACAGUGUGUGAGCAGUUCGGAUUAA